GCAGCCGGAGCUCCUCGUCCUCCUCCCAGCUGAGCCCGCUCUAACAUCACUGUGAGUGAACACCUGCGGACCCGCCUACCCUUUGGACUCCUUGCCUCCCCAUUGGCUGUAUAUUUUAAUAUUCAUAAAGCUGAGCGUUGAUUGGCUGUAAUCACCGCAACAGAAAUGUCAUAAAGCAAAAUCUUUGGAAGUUGUGUUAAGGGAAUAAGUGGUGAAGGAAAAAAAGGCUACCUUGUGAUAACCGCGGAGUUCAGGGGACUUCUAACCGAGGAUCGGGACUCUUCUCCUGUCGUCAUGUCGGAGUUUCCCCCCUGCAUAUCUAUCAUGAUGUUGCAAUUCGUCCUGUUCCUGCCCAUGCUCUGCUCAGCCCAGCGUUCAGAGCCCAUGUUCUCGGCCGUGACCAAGGCCGUGCUUCCUCCCGACUACGACAACAACCCGACCCAGCUCAACUACGGCGUGGCGGUCACAGACGUGGACGGCGACGGAGAUCUGGAGAUAUUUGUCGCAGGUUACAAUGGUCCUAACCUGGUGCUGAAGUAUGACAAGCAGAGAAAAAGACUGGUCAACAUCGCUGUGGACAACCGAAGCUCCCCGUUCUACACCUUGAGAGACCGCCAAGGCAACGCCAUCGGGGUGACAGCGUGUGACAUUGACGGCGACGGUCGAGAGGAGAUUUAUGUACUCAACACAAAUAAUGCCUUUUCUGGACGGGCGACAUAUUCUGACAAACUGUUCAAGUUUCGUAAUGGACGCUUUGAGGAUUUGCUGAAUGAUGACAUUAAUGAACACAGAGAUGUAGCCAACCGUAUGGCUGGGCGAUCAGUAGCCUGUGUGGACAGAAAGGGUACAGGUCGUUAUGCUAUCUACAUAGCAAACUACGCCAGCGGCAACGUGGGCCCACAUGCGCUUAUAGAGAUGGACGACGCCGCGAGUGACCUUUCGCAAGGCGUCAUCGCCCUCUCCAACGUGGCCGAGCAGUCGGGAGUCAACAAGUUCACCGGGGGCCGGGGUGUGGUGGUGGGACCCAUCGUGAGCCAGACCUUCUCUGAUGUAUUUUGCGACAAUGAGUAUGGACCAAACUUCCUGUUUCGGAACAACGGAGAUGGAACUUUUACUGAUGUGGCGCAGCAGGCCGGGGUGGAGGACCCCAUGCAGCACGGUAGAGGUGUCGCGCUUGCAGACUUCAACCGUGACGGAAAGACAGACAUUGUGUACGGCAACUGGAAUGGACCUCAUCGUCUUUACAUGCAACUUAACAACCGUAAGCAGAAGUUCAAGGACAUUGCCUCUCAGAAGUUUUCCAUGCCAUCCCCAGUCCGCACUGUUAUUGCAGCCGACUUUGACAACGACAAUGAACUGGAGGUUUUCUUCAAUAACAUCGCCUACAGGGGGCCCUCGGCCAAUAGACUGUUUAGGGUGAGCAGGAGAGAGCACGGAGACCCACAGAUCGAGGAGCUGAAUGUUGGUGAGGCGUCCGAGCCAGAGGGACGAGGAACUGGAGCUGUAGCAACAGACUUUGAUGGAGAUGGCCGUCUGGACCUGCUGGUGUCUCAUGGUGAAAGUGCAGCGCAACCACUUUCUGUCUACAAAGUCAACCUGGGAACCAGCAACUCAUGGCUGCGUGUGAUUCCCCGCACCAAGUUUGGUGCUUUUGCCAGAGGAGCUAAAGUGGUGGUGUACACCAAGAAGAGUGGACCCCAUACGCGUAUCAUUGAUGGAGGUUCAGGGUACCUCUGUGAGAUGGAGCCUGUUGCACACUUUGGCCUUGGUAAGGACGUGGCCACGAACGUGGAGGUGUACUGGCCGGAUGGUCGCUCCAUCGCUCGACCCUUGGAGCCAUCAGAGAUCAACUCUGUGCUGGAGAUCCACUAUCCGAGAGACAAAGAGGAAAUCACUCCCACUGUGGAAAUAGAGUGCGGUCACGGCUUUGCUCUGAAUGAAAAUGGCCGCUGCAUUGAUAAAGAUGAGUGUACCCAGUUUCCCUCUGUGUGUCCCUCUGACCGUCCCGUGUGCACCAACACCUACGGCAGUUUUAAAUGCCGCGCCAAGAAGAGAUGCAACCAGGGCUUUGAGCCCAACUAUGAUGGGUCCGCAUGCGUGGCCCAGGUGGCUUACUUUGGGAAGACACGGUCUUCUGCACAAUGCACGUGGUCAGCUUGUUCAUUCUGGCUGUCACCCAUCGGCAUGCUUCUUCUCAUCUCUAACCAUCUCCAGAGUGGACUACUGUAGCCGCCUCCCUUCUCCUUCACUCAGCUCUCGUCGUUUUAACAAAGGAUGCACAGAAACUAUCUAUCCUCUUUCUCUUCAUCCUAAAACUCUCUCUGGAUCAGUGAUAUUGCUCGUGUACAGCUGUUCCCACCUCUGGACUAUGCAGGAACUUGCAGGGAGCAUGCUAGAACUAACUCUGUUAGACUCGCAUAGCCCUCACGUCAUCACCUGGCAUUUGUCUCAGCUGGAUUUGAACUGAGUCCAAGUCAAUAAGCGGAGGCCGCAGUGGAGAACUCACUGCUCAGAACUGACUGGUUCCACCAGCCGCUUUCAAUACGGACACGCCGAGGUCGCCAUCUGUAUGUGCACAAUGCCACUCUCAUUCUAUGUUCGGGCUUACCGGAACGCUGAGGAACACCAGGUCUCCAAGCUACAAGUUGUGUGUGUGUGUGUGUGUGUGUUUGUGUGUGUGUAUCCUAGGGAACAUAUGCCAGACCAUCUGCCUGUCGUGGUGGCUUACAUUUUGUUAACUAUUAAUAAUUCCACAGCACAGCAAAGUCGACGUUUUUGUGUGAGAGAGCACAAGAAGACGUUUCGUUUUAUUUGCUGGAAUCUGCAUGACGUCACUCCAAUUUAGUAGGAAAUCAUACAAAUUGUUAAGCACGACAUUACAUUCGUUUCAAAUCCAAAACAUGGCGGAUAUUGUAUCAUGUUGUGCUGAAAACGUAUUUGGGCUCUAAAGCAUGAUAUUUUCCAUGAAAUUCUACUUUAUUAUUUUUUCUGAGUGGUUCGGGUGUGAAGAUUAGUGUUAGGGAACAUUAUUUUCAUUAAAAUAAUACAUGAACACCAAAAUACUUACUACUUACAGUGUUUUCCAUACGUUCAUGCGCCCCGCCACAAAUAGAUUUGGCGCUACCUGUGCACCCUCACUCGUAAACAGACUAUAACGCACCUGGUCUGCCAGAGAAUAAAAGCACGGAGCAGGAGGGAUUGGUGUUGCCAACUAUCAGAUCACUCUAGAUGGUCAUUUUAAAAAAACGAGUAACUAGCCGCAAAUCUAGAGAAGGGUCCUUUGAAGACUGACUCGCUGCUCUUCUUAUGCUGCUGCGGACCCCCGCCCCCAUCUAAAAACACUCACAGGCUGUUUUUGAUUGUUUGUGAGGCUAAAGCACCGACAAAAAGGAGUUCAUUCGUAGUGGUAAACACAUUUAUUUACUCGCUUUUUGCAAAUGCGUCAUGGCCAAUUAUGCGCAUUCAACGAUUACAUCAUUACGUUAGACCCGUGCCCUUCAACUCACUGCCACAAAUAGACUGCAGUCCUGUGGGAAACACUAACUUACCUUACUUUUCACACAAAAUCCAACACAGUUCUCAUUAAAUCACGCUCCAGGCACCUAUCAUCAUUCGCCAUAGUUUAAUUGCGUUAUUUCAUUACAAUGUAUCGGACCUCCCCGCUGAUAAAGCUAUUCAGUGAACACCAUAUUAUAAAGAAAUUAGAUUCAAGGAGGAAGGAGAACGUGAAGCUUUUAUUAAGCAACAUCCUGUCCCUGGAAUAUGAUCUUCUCUUGGUAAUCAAAUGGAACCAAAGUGAGCAUUUAAUGUAACUGCGGUGAUUUCCCUGCCCAUUUCACAAAAGGUCAUGAUGGCAGUGUAAAGAGAGCGGUGAACUCUUGCAGUUGUUAAAAAAUAGUUUAACACAUGCCUCAAGGGCGUUUUUUUCUUUAUGAAUAAAUGUGCAAAAAAAGGUAACACACAUACAGUUUUGUGCUUCAAAACAUUACAUACAAUACGAACUAACCCUUACAAAGUACGAGAAGAAGCCAAAACCUAUUAGCAAAAAUAGAUACAAUCAUAUGUAAAGUCAAAUUAUUAUCACUUACAAUAUUGCUACUUAAGCAGCACAAAGACUUAAAUAGUUUCUCUGAAUGAGUUUUCUGCUUGUGUACCGCUCAUCUCGUGAAGCUAGUUGAAUACAAACUCGCCAAAAGACCUGAAGAAAUGUCACAAAAACAUACUGAAUUCAAAGUGCAAAAUGUUUAAGGCGUAAACACUGUCAUUUCAGUCAGGGGUGUCCAAAGUGCGGCCCGUAGGCCAUUUGCCGCUCGUAUCUGUUGUUUUAAUUGCACUCGACACAUUGUAAAAGUAAAAUGGAACAGGAACAUUAAAAAAAACAAAAAACAACAGCAAAUAUGAAAGAAAAGAGCAGUAAUUUUACGAAAAUAACGUCAAAAUAUUUGGAGAAUAAAGUUAUAUAAUAAUAAGAGAGAAAAGUGGUAAUCUUACAAGAAAAAGUGUGAAUUUUACAAGAAUAAAGUCGUAAUAUUAUGAGGAAAAAAAAUAUUUUGGAAGCAUAAAGUUGAAAUAUUAAAGAAAAAAAGGAUUUUUUUUUCAAGUCAUGAUAUCAUGAGAAGAAAAAAAAAACAAAGAAUAAAUGUGCAAUUUGGUUGGGAAAAAAGUUAUACUAUUUUAAGAACAAAGUCAAAAUGUUUUUGAAUAAAGUCAUAAUAUUACAAAAGAAAAGCUUCACAGGAAUAAAGUUGAAAUAUGUGUAAAAAAAAAAAAGUAAACGUAAAAGUGAGCACAAACGUGUGUAUUCUAAGGAGAAAAAGUUGAUAUUAAUAAUAUGCUUUGUCACCUAAAGCUUCAGAUGGAGGCUUUUCAAAAAAAUAUAGUAAACUUCUUAGCAUGCUGUAGCUGCAAAAUAUAAAACAUCAAAGUGGCCUCCGCAUUCUUAGAUUUUUCAGUACGCAGCCCUCGGUGGAAAAAGUUUUGGCACCCCUGAUUUAAGUGAUUCCGCAGCGGACUGACUUUUUAAACUUGUGUUAAAAGCGGAGUAGAAUGAAACGUGUCGUCAACAGACAGCAGCUCCUUUCUAUUUGGUGAUGACACUUCGCAGUGUGUAUGCGUGUGCUGGCCACCAUGUUGGAAAGGUAUUUACCGUCUAAUAGUUAGGGGAAACUCUUUGGCGGAGCACCCACCAAUCUGUGAAAGCUGCACCUUCAGGCAGUUAAUUGUUCGUUUUGUCGAGUCUGGAAGGGGAAAGGCUUAUUUGACGAGUCUAAACCUGUAAUUCUGGACUUUAGAGCGCACCGGUGUGUAAACCACACUCACUAAAUUUAAAGAAAAAACUGAUUUGUACAUACAGUAUAUAAGAUGUUACACAGAAAGAUUUUUUAACUUUUGAUUAAAUAAAUGUUUGCCGAACUGUGUGUGUAACAUUCAUCGCUGUCCUCAUCCUCCUCCUGGGAACUAAAACCACUAAAGUCUUCUUCUUCAGCAUCACAAUUGAA